AAUUUGGAUGAUCUUUCUUUUUUAAUUUGUAUUUUGUUAGCCAAUCAUAUUUGAUUUUGUAUUUCUCUGCAUUAAUACACACAUACAUUUUUUUCCUUCCCUUUUUUUUGACAUUAUACAAGCCAUAUUUUGUAGCCAACUGAACAUUUGAUAUAAAAAUGGAUAUUCUUGAAUUGAUACAUAUUGAAAAUCAACUUGGUAGAAAUAAACCUCACAAAUGUACUAUGAUGAAUUGUACAAAGUCUUUUGGAAGACGUUCCGAUCUUGUUAGACAUCUCCGUAUUCAUACUAAUGAAAGACCAUACAAAUGUGAUGAAAUCGGAUGUGGUAAAAGUUUUAUACAGAGAUCUGCUUUGAAAGUACAUAUUCGUACUCAUUCUGGUGAAAGACCUCAUAUUUGUGAAGUGGAUGGUUGUGGAAAAAGUUUUAGUGAUAGUAGUUCAUUGGCAAGACACAGACGGAUUCAUACUGGAAAAAGACCUUACAAAUGUCGUAUACUUGGAUGCAAUAAACAAUUCGCAAGAAAAACUAUUUUGACCACUCAUCAAAAAGUAGCACACGAUACCUCCACCAAACAACGUACAACUCUUCAAUGGAGACCUUUGAAUGAACAA